GCGCAUCCAAGUGCAGCUUGGGAAGCACAACCUGGCACUCACAGAAUCAACACAGCAGUUCAUUAAUUCAGCUAAAAUCAUCCGCCACUCUGGCUACAGCCCUUCCACCCUGGACAAUGACAUUAUGCUCAUCAAGCUUGCCGAACCAGCCCAGCUCAACCGAGCUGUCCAAACAGUUCCUCUGCCUACCAGCUGUGUGGCUGCAGGCACCACAUGCCUCAUCUCUGGCUGGGGCAACACACUCAGCAAUGGCAAUAAUUAUCCAGACACUUUGCAGUGCCUGAAUGCUCCUGUGCUCUCCUCAAGCGAGUGCUCUGCAGCCUACCCCGGACAAAUUACCAAGAACAUGAUGUGUGUUGGAUUCCUGGAGGGAGGGAAAGACUCCUGCCAGGGGGAUUCUGGCGGUCCAGUGGUCUGCAAUGGAGCGCUCCAGGGCAUUGUUUCCUGGGGCAUUGGAUGUGCACAGAGAGGCUAUCCUGGGGUUUACACUAGGGUUUGCAAUUACGUCUCAUGGAUCCAAGCAACCAUGGCUGCCAACUGA